CAGGCCGUGAGCAGGCGAUUGAAGCUAAAGCGCCUCAAUUGAAAGAAAUGGCACCGUCACCCACAAAGCGGAAGGAGGAGGAAAAAACAAAAGACAGAGGCAAAGAAAAGACUAGUACCAAGGAUGGAGACAAGGAGAGAGGACGGGAUAAAGUAAGGAAACGCCGCAGCGCUUCUACUGGCAGCAGCAGCAGCAGGUCCAGAUCUAGCUCUACUUCAAGCAGCAGCUCUGGUUCCAGCUCAGGUUCCUCCAGUGGAUCCAGUUCAUCUGGGUCCAGCCGCUCUGGUUCUUCUAGCUCUCGUUCCUCCUCUUCUUCCAGCUCCUCUGGCUCUCCCAGCCCCAGCCGCCGACGCCAUGACAACCGCCGACGCUCCCGCUCAGCGUCCAAAACACAGAAGAGGGGAGACGAUAAGGAGAGAAGGAAAAGAAGCCCAAGUCCCAAACCAACUAAAGUUCAUUUAGGGCGGCUGACCAGGAAUGUCACCAAGGAACACAUCCAGGAGAUCUUUUCUACAUAUGGGAAAAUCAAAAUGGUUGACAUGGCAAUGGACAGGCUUUACCCACACCUGUCCAGGGGUUACGCCUAUGUGGAGUUUGAGACUCCUGAGGAGGCCCAGAAGGCCCUCAAACACAUGGACGGAGGUCAGAUUGAUGGUCAGGAAAUCACUGCGUCUGCUGUGCUGCCUCAACGUGUCCGUCCUCCACCUCGUAGACCCUCUCCCCCUCGUAGAAUGCCUCCACCACCACCUAUGUGGCGUCGCAGCCCACCACGCAUGAGGAGAAGGUCCCGUUCCCCAAGGAGGAGAUCCCCAGCACGCCGCCGCUCUCGCUCCAGAUCUCCUGGUCGCAGGCGCCACCGCUCUCGUUCCAGCUCUAACUCCUCCCGAUAGAUGGUUUUCCGGCCCCUGGAUAUCAAGUGAUCUGACACCAGAUCAGCUGGAGUUCCUGUUUUCUCAGACCUUAUGGACUCACCAGAAAAAUAAAAUUCUGCAUCGUAGCCAACAUAAACAUCUGCCUGCAUGUAGAAAGCGGCCAGGUUUUUUUUAAUGUGCAAAUGUGAGUUUCUUUUAAUAUUUUCUUUUGUUACGUUGAUUCUGACAAACUGGCUCAGUAUUCGUGUUGUUUCAUGCUGAGUUUGAGCUCUGAGAUCUAUCAAGAUUUAGCUCAAGUUGUGACUCUGUUGAAUUUUUAGACAUUUUGAAAAAUAAAA